AUGGCAUCCACUGCAUCAUAUCCUUCCUCAAGGGCUGGCUCAACCUUACCUCCCUUUCCAGACGACCUCCCAACCGCUCCUCUAGUAACCAUCUCCCUUCGGAAACUUGUCGAAAACACUUCCGGCGUUGAACAUGAACGCCUCUUCUCAGCUGCUAAAAGCCUUGGCUUCUUCUACUUGGACGUACGAGGCACACCUGAAGGCAAGCACUUACUUCGGCAGGCAGACGAUUUGUUUGAUCUCAUGAAUGAGUUCUUUUCCCUACCCGUAGAAGAGAAAGCAAAAUAUGAUUUCGCUGCCAAGAAGAGCUACUUCGGGUACAAAGGGAUAGGAAAGGAGGUAGUGGACGGCAAGGGGACGAGAGAUAAGAAUGAGAUCUACAAUAUCUCUAAAGACGACCUCCUUUCGGUAACCGAUCCUCUUCCCGCUCCGGCAGUAAUCACUACGAACCGCCAAACCCUAACUUCCUAUAUAACCACCAACACCGCGAUCCUCACAACACUCUUCGCCUCCCUCUCCACCUCCCUCCAACUCCCAUCAGAUACCUUCGCCUCACUGCACAGGCCAGCAGCUCCAUCCGGCUGCCACGUACGAUUCAUAUCUGCACCACCCCAAGAUCCAUCCACCCGUUCCAACGCCCUGGGCGAACACACCGAUUUCGGCUCGCUCACAAUCCUGCUCAACCGCCUCGGUGGGCUUCAAGUCCAGCUCCCCGGGACGGAAGAAUGGGUCUAUGUCCGCCCCAUGCCUGGGUGCGCAAUCGUGAAUCUCGGAGACGCGAUGGUCAAGUUCAGUGGGGGCAUCCUGAGGAGUAAUUUACAUCGGGUGGUAAGUCCGCCUGGCGAGCAAGCGAAGGAAGUCCGGAGGAGCUUGGUGUAUUUUUCAAGGCCAGAACAUGAUGUUGUGUUGACGAGGUUGAGGGGAGGGUUCGUGGAUGAGCUGGGCGAUGGAGGGGUGGAAGAAGUGGGCGUAAGUGCGAGGGAGUGGCUGGCGAGGAGGCAUAUUGGGAGGAAGAUUGAGUUUUUUGAGGGGAAGGAGAGCUGGGAGGGUUCCAUGGGGACGGAGGCUAGGCCGUUGGUGGUUAGCCAGUAG